AUGUCCGCUCUUUUCCGUGUUCCCGCUGUUCGGAAAGGGUCAGCUUCUACCUUGUCUGAAUUGGCGGACGAGUUUAAUCGCCAUGUUGGAAUACUCGAUAAGCUCGAAGAGGAAAAUGCCCACUGGAACUCUUGUCUAGUGGAACGAUUGAGCAGCCUACUUGAUGAGAAAUCUCUGCUCGAGUGGGAAACCCAGUGUAAGGAAGAAGAAACUCCACAGUAUACUGAACUACUGGAGUUUAUUCGAAAAAGAUCGCGGACUCUACAAAAGUGCAAUACAGUGUGUGUUAGUUCACCUGCUUAUACUCAAGCGAAACCGGCAAAGUCCAAAACCACCUCUUCUCACGUUGCCUCCGAAAAUGUAGUGAAGUGUCCGAGUUGCAAACAAGCUCACCCUUUGAUUCAGUGUGAGGCGUUUAGCAAGCUGAGCCCAAACAAUAGACUCGAUUUCGUUAAAAGGCAUCGUUUGUGUAUAAACUGUUUAAGAGGUGGGCACAUGGCUAGGGAUUGCCGUAGUAGUCUGUGUCGUAUGUGUGGGAAAAAGCAUCACAGCAUGCUACAUCUACCAAUGCCGGCGUCGACUUCAGCAGUCGCCGCAACUCAAAAUGAAGAACAAUCAUCAAACACUUCCCAAUCCUGCACAGUUGUUUGUUCUACACCAACCACUACAUCUCAAACGGAGAUUUCGUAUUCGGUCGCAAAGGCAUCACCGGUGGUGCUCACGCGUACAUUACCCCAGGCUGCUGCGCCAGUUUCGCAAAACGUAGCAUCGCCUCUCGUCGUUGUCGAUAGCCCCCCUCCUCCGUCGCCGGUUGUUUCGAAUUAUCGUAUCGAUCCUGAACCCCCAUACUGCCCCCAGCAACCUGCUGCCUCGCUAACGCAAGCGAACAAUACAUUCGAGAGCAUUGUGUUUCUAUCAACAGCCAUCGUUAGAGUUCGGGAUGUCAACAACGUAUUUCACUAUGCACGAGCUCUUUUGGACAGCGGUUCCCAAUCGAAUUUUGUAUCCGAAUCACUGUGUCAAAAAUUAGACCUGAAGCGAACCCGAAUAAAUCUUCCGGUCAGCGGUAUCGGACAAGCAACGGUAAACGUUCACUACAAGGUAAAUAUGUCUCUUUCGUCACGAUUUGGAGGAUUUGAGCAAAAGAUAGACUGCUUGGUUCUUCCGAAAUUGACAAUUAGUCUCCCUAGUCGUAGCAUCGAUAUUACUCGUUGGACCAUUCCUCGCAAUCUUCCAUUAGCGGAUCCGAGAUUCAACAUUUCCCAUGGAGUCGACCUCAUUAUAGGUGCGGAGAUGUUCUACGCUCUUCUCGAAUCUCAGAGAUUAACCCUUGGUGAAGGGUAUCCUGUUCUACAAAAAACGGUAUUAGGAUAUGUGGUCUCUGGAAAGGCCAACUCACAGGAGCUGGAAACUGUGGUGUGUCAUGUGGCUACAGAUCAAGAUCUCAAUGCUCAGCUGGAAAAAAUGUGGGAAGUCGAUGAUUUCGACAUUGGACGUGCUUUAACACAAGAGGAGCAAUAUGUUGAAGAUCAUUUUACUCGCACAGUAUCCCGUGACAACAGUGGACGUUACGUGUUACGAUUACCGCUCAGAGAAUCUCGAAUCCCACUCCUUGGCGAUUCCUACAGGUCGGCUGUAAAUCGUUUCUCAAUGAUGGAGAGACGUUUCGCCAAGGACAACGAUCUACGUGUGGAGUAUACGCAGUUCAUGGAAGAAUAUAUCAAGCUGGGGCAUAUGGAAGAGUGUUCACGCGUCGCGGGCCCGCAGUUUUUUCUUCCGCACCACGCAGUUCGUCGGCCUGAGAGUACAACUACCAAAACUAGGGUAGUCUUCGACGCUAGCCACAAAUCUCAUGGACAGCUGUCGCUAAACGAAGUUCUUUUUACUGGUCCAACGGUUCAACCUAGUUUGCUUGUAGUGGUCGUUAAUUUCCGGAUGCCGAAGUAUGUAUACUGCGCCGACGCCGAGAAAAUGUUUCGGCAAGUGUGGGUGCAUCCCGACGAUCGAAAUCUUCUCUCUUUAGUCUGGCGUUCUGACCCGUCACACCAAUUGAAGCAUUAUCAGUUGAAGACGGUGACGUAUGGACUUGCCUGCUCACCAUUUCAAGCCGCUCGUGUACUCAACAAACUCGCCGAGGAUGAUGGAGGUCAGUAUCCGUUAGCUGCGCCAGUGAUUUGA